GGAGGAGCAGCGAGCCGCUCUCCUUCUUCUGCCGUCUGUCAGGCAAGCCGGUCGGGUGCAGCAUGGCCAGCUACAGCGUGGAGGAGCGCGGCUGCCCCAACAGCCUCGGCUACAGGCUGUUCUUCAAAAACAAUAAGGGACAAUACAUUUCUCCGUUCCAUGACAUUCCGAUACAUCCAGAUGCUCGCAAGGAUGUGUUCAACAUGGUUGUGGAAAUACCUCGAUGGACCAAUGCUAAGAUGGAGAUCGCAACCAAAGAUCCCCUAAACCCAAUUAAGCAGGAUGUGAAGAAAGGAAAACUACGUUAUGUUGCUAAUGUCUUUCCCCACAAGGGAUACAUCUGGAAUUAUGGUGCUAUUCCACAGACAUGGGAAGACCCAGAGCAUAAAGAUGAAAAUACCGGCUGCUGUGGAGAUAACGAUCCAAUUGACGUUUGUGAAAUUGGAAACAAGGUGUGCAGCAGAGGAGAAAUAAUUAAAGUGAAAGUGCUGGGUGUUCUGGCGUUGAUUGAUGAGUCCGAAACAGACUGGAAGAUCAUUGCAAUCAACACGGAAGACCCUGAUGCUGCUAAAUUGAACAAUAUCAAUGAUGUCAGGACGUUGAAGCCUGGCUAUCUAGAAGCGACGGUGGACUGGUUUAGAAAAUACAAAGUACCUGAUGGGAAGCCGGAAAACCAAUUUGCAUUCAAUGGAGAAUUUAAAGACAAGGACUUUUCAAUUAAGAUUAUCGGAGACACCCAUGAUUACUGGAAGGCUCUAGUAAAUAACAAAACAGGUGGAGAAAUUUGCUGCACAAAUGCAACUUUGCCGGACAGCCCUUGCCAUUGUGAUCAAGCAUCUGCGGGGGCUACUGUGGGAGAGGCACCUGCCUGUGGACCAGCCGAUCCAAUACCACCAGAAGUGGACAGGUGGUACUUCUAUGAAAAGUGACCGAAGCAGAUGCUGCCAUAGUUGCUACCACAACACCAGGAAACACUUGUGCACAACUAGAUGAGAGCCAAGAACUUCGAUUUCAAGAGCAGUCCUGUAUUGAAACAUGUAAAAUAGUUUAUGAUGAUGUAACAGAUUUUUGCAAACCUACCAGUAACGUGUGCUUGGAAUAUAUGCUCAAAAUAUAUCAAGAUCCUAGCAUCGGAGCAGUUCUUGUGUAAAACACCAGCUUGACAGUCUUCAAAAUCUACUUGAACAUCAUGGCAAAUCACUGUUGCAUAACCCAGUUGUGUGUAGAUACCCGCUUUCAUUGCUUAUGAAGAAUUUUUGCUUCAUUCUGAA